AUGAUGUUUGUGACAAUUAUGCUGCCGCUGGAGGUGGUGGUGUGGUGCAGGGUGGCAUCGGUGCGGGCGGUGAUGGUGACGAUGCAGCUAUUGAUGAUGCUGAUGAUGAUGAUGCUGACGUUGAUGAUGACGAUGAUGACGAGCCGUACUGAAGACGACGAGGAAGCCAUAGUCAAGACUGACAUGGUCAUGACGGUUGCAUCAAUGUUGAUCUUGAUGGAGAUGCAGAACACUAUAGUGAAGUUGAAUGCAAACACAUAUAUAGCGGACAAAAUGAGAACUUCGGAGCAGGGCUCUGAAGCGACAGAGCUACAGAAAACUGUCCUGGUGGACUUCAAGAACUGGUUCUUGUUUUUCCGUCGCGUUAACAUGCGGAACACGCCUGCGAUCAAGUGGUACCGACAGCUCGGAUUCAAAGAUGAUGGUAUCGACACGCGUAAGACGAGAUCCAUGUACCGCCAAUGGAUGGUCAUGAAGAAGAAGCUGCCCAAAGCCGCUUCGGUGGAUGAGCAGAGGGAUACAGCGUGGACAUUGCUAUUCCCUCCCACGAUAGUCACAUGCAGCAAGGAGAAGCGCCCUGCGAACGCUGUGGAGGCGGAAGAGGGAGUCACCGUCCCAUUUUACGAACUUCAUGUGAGCAACAGCAAAAGCAACAGCAACAAUCUUCCCGCAGGUUUCCAGUUUAAGUGGGUGGCGAGCUGGCAGCUCUGGUGCAACUCUAUCCCACUAAUGCUCGAGCUGUCCCUGAUGCAAGUGCGCCUCCCCGGUAUUCAGCGUGUCGCCUUCGAGCAGCUGGAUGAGGAGACUAGCAGCCUCCAGGUCCAUGGAUCAGCCGGCUCUUCCUCCAGGCAAGAAAGUGCGAGCAUCACAUCUGACUCCAGGGCGGCGCGGAAGGGUCAGCUGGAGAAGAGCAAGCACGGCGGGAAAGUCUUCACCCUGAAUGCCGAGGACAUGAGAAGGCGGCUGCGCGAAUGUUUCAAGCGAGAAUCUGUGCAGAGCGAGGAGAACAUUCCCGUUGGCAUUUGCGGCCGCAUCGCCCGCAGCAACUUCUUCAACUCCUUCGUGCUGGUCAUCAUCAUCCUGAACUCACUAUGGAUUGCGGUGGACACGGACUUGAACAAGUCGAAGUCUGUGUGGGAGGCACCUUAUGUCUUUCUGCUUGCCGAAAACUUCUUCUGCUUCGUUUUCACCAUGGAGCUUGUCAUCCGCUUGGGUUCUUUUCAAACCGCUGCGCAAGCUUGCGAAGGCUGGUUUCUUUUUGAUUCGUCCCUGACCAUCAUGAUGAUUUGGGAUACCUGGGUGUCGUUCCUCGUCGAGAAGAUCUCUGGGCACAACGUAAUCGGCGCGCAGGUUCGGAGCUUCACGAUCUUGCGGGUGCUGCGCAUCCUGAGGAUAGCCCGAGUGGCACGGGCUGCACGGAUUAUCAAUUCCCUUCCCGAGCUGCGUGUUCUGGUGAAGGGCAUGGUGAUUGCCAUGCGUUCGACUUGCACUAUCCUGGCUUUACUGCUUAUCGUGGUUUACAUCUUUGCCAUUCUUUUUGUGCAGCUGCUGGCAGACAGCCAAGUUGGACAAGGAUGGUUUGAAAAUGUUCCUCAGGCCAUGAACUUCCUCCUGCUGCAGACGUUGGCAGGGGCCGAUGUGAUUGUCAUCAACAAGCUCCUCGCAGCAGGUUGGACCUACUACCUCCUCUACCUGUCCUUUGUGUUCAUGGGCUCUCUGACCUUGAUGAACAUGCUCAUCGGAGUCCUUUGCGAAGUGGUUGGUGUUGUUGCUCAGAUCGAGGAAGAACGAGCCUUUCACGACGAAGCACAGAUGUACAUCGCCAACUUUGUCAAUGUGCUGGACAUCGAUGGGGACCAGAAGCUGUCGAAAGUCGAGUUUCUGCAACUUAUGGAGCGGGAUCCAGACUUGCUCAAGGGACUUCAGGCUUUCGGAAUCGACGUCGUGGCAUUUUGUGACAAUGCCAUCGCCUUGUUCUCUGACAACGACACGAUGGAAGUUGGUGACUUCGUAGAGCUGGUGACACAGUUCCGGAGCCAGAAGCAAACCACUGUCAAGGAUUUAGUGGACAUGCGGAAGUUCAUCUCGAUGCAGCUCAGACAUUUGGCGGAAGAGGUCCGAGGACGGUAUGGGCACUCACGGAUCGAAGCGGCGCUGGAUCUGACACAUGCGCAUGCACGGGAGAUCGCCGCAGGCAGAUAG